UGAAAUAAAAACCGCUCUCCGCUAUUUCAUCUCUCAACCUUUUUCCCCACUUUCAAGAUCUCAAGUAUCCCAUUUCUUCAUUUCAUUCAAAGACCUUCUCUCUUUUCCCAUUCCUCUCCUUCCAAUACAAGUAAAGAAGAAGAAAAAUGGCAUCAGUACCACCGGAGGAGAACAACCAUCAUAACCAUCAGAUCACAGAUGAUUCAACGGCAUCCAGAUCCGGAUCUGCAGCAAACAAUGGGGCAGCAGAUGUAUCAGGAUCUCCCCGGCGCAAGAUAGCCCUGAUCACUGGCAUUACAGGCCAGGACGGGUCCUACCUGACCGAAUUCCUCCUCCAGAAAGGCUACGAAGUCCAUGGCCUGAUCCGACGGUCCUCAAACUUCAACACGCAGCGUCUGGAACACAUCUACAUCGAUCCUCACAAUUCCCAAAAAGCCCUCAUGAAACUCCACUACGCUGACCUCACCGACGCCUCCUCCCUUCGCCGCUGGCUGGACUCUCUGCUCCCCGACGAGGUCUACAACCUCGCCGCCCAAUCCCACGUCGCUGUCUCCUUUGAGAUCCCUGACUACACCGCUGAUGUCGUUGCCACCGGCGCCCUUCGCCUCCUUGAGGCCGUCCGCUCCCAUGUUGCCGCCACCGGCCGCUCCCACAUCCGCUACUAUCAGGCCGGGUCGUCGGAGAUGUACGGGUCCACGCCUCCACCUCAGUCGGAAUCCUCGCCGUUCCACCCACGAUCCCCCUACGCGGCGGCGAAGUGCGCGGCGCACUGGUUCACCGUCAAUUACCGCGAGGCAUACGGCCUCUUCACCUGCAAUGGCAUACUGUUCAACCAUGAGAGCCCGCGUCGUGGGGAGAAUUUUGUAACCCGCAAGAUCACCCGCGCCGUCGGUCGGAUCAAGAUCGGGCUCCAGAGCAAGCUCUUUCUGGGGAAUUUGCAGGCUUCGAGAGACUGGGGAUUCGCUGGGGACUACGUGGAAGCCAUGUGGCUGAUGCUGCAGCAGGAGAAGCCAGAUGACUAUGUGGUGGCGACAGAGGAGUCUCACACCGUCCAGGAGUUCUUGGAGGUGGCAUUUGGGUCUGUGGGGUUGAAUUGGAGGGACCAUGUGGUGAUCGACAAGAGGUAUUUUAGGCCUGCCGAGGUGGAUAACCUGAAGGGGGAUUCGAGCAAGGCAAGGAAGGUUCUGGGGUGGAAGCCAAGGGUCGGGUUCAAGGAGCUGGUAAAGAUGAUGGUUGAUCAGGAUAUUGAGCUGGCAAAGAGGGAGAAGGUGCUUGUCGAUGCGGGUUAUAUGGAUGCUCAGCAGCAGCCAUGAUUGGUGAGAUCCAUCCAAUUCAUAUCUCUAGAUGGUGUUUGUAGGUUGUUGUUCGAGAAGAUGUUCUUUUUCUUUUCUUUCUUUAAAGAAGCCCUUUUGUUUUCGUUAUCUUUUUCUUGUUGGGGUUUUCUGGGUUGAGCUAAUGUUGCAUCUGAAAUUCAUUUGAUUCUAGUAAUUUGAAAAUUUUCCUCAUAAGGGGCAGAUCUCUCUUGCAAUGAAAGUCUUCCUUUUUGUUCU